ACCGAGCUGACCUUCAGUUCUCGCUCUGUUGCCUACGGAAGUUGAAGAAGACCAGCAAGCUGCUGCGAUUUCAGAUUUUCGUUAAACCUCAGCGAAAAACAAUUAAGUUUAAAGAUAUGGCUUUUAAAAACCUCGUCGGCGCUAUCUUAGCGGCUGUCUUUUUAUUUCUCUGCUGUGGUGCCUUCCUCUUCGGUUUGGUGGCAAGUCAAGACGCCGAACUUGGAGAGCAACAGGCGUCCGCUCAGUAUUAUCGUCCUUAUUACAACUACAAUCGACGUCCAGCCUAUCCGGUAAGACGUCCUACGUACAAUAACUACCAUUACCAGCGUCCUCAGAGGCCAGCAGCAGCUCCUUCCAACACCAACUACCGUCCAGCACCAGCACCGACCACCAGCACUGCUAGACCCAGCAGUGCGGCCGUCACUGGAACAAGUUGCCGUUCAUCCAACAGCUACCAGCAAUACGGAAUUUGCUGGGCCGCAGACAACCAACGAUUGCAAAUCAGUCCCAGUUUGACAAUUGAGAAUUUCGUCAGGUUUCACAAGAUGAAUAUGUACUCCGAUGUGUUUGAUUCGCAUAGUUAUCGGAAGCAAUUGUGCGAACAGAGUCGACGCUUCAACAGUGUGGGGGUCAUGUGCGUCACCUCCCCCAGCGAUUUAGCAUACGACGACGAUGAUUGUGAUUAUCUCAGAGCGGGUGGUGUAACGACGUCGACUGCUAAAACGUGCGUCGAUGACGAUGUCUGUAUUUGCGUGGUGGGCGACCCGUACGAAUCGAUUGCCGAUAACACUAAAGCUCCUAAUGACCCUCUUAACGCUUUUCUGUCUGGAACUCACGCUGGAACUGGAUACUGGUCGGCAUGGACGGCUGCGUUGAAUCAAGAAAUUCAAAACACGUUAGCAGCUAGCGGUAUCUAUUGGCGACCAUAACCUAAUAACUUACAUUUUCAACAAAUAGUUAAUAAAAGAGAUUUGUAAGUUAUUUAAUUGUGUCACACGUUUCAUCAUGUCUACAUCAUUUAUAUACUGUUAUUUCAUUUAAUAAAAAAACGCAUAAUUUAAUUA